CUCAAACACAGUAUCGAACGUGGAAUUGCACAGGGAGAUAACAAUAUUUUUAAAACAAAUGGCGCUGAUUAAUUAUCGUCUCUUGUUAUUUACAACUAGGGGCUGUCGUAGAUAAAACUAGCAAUGUUAAUUAUUUUGCAGUAGUCGCACAGUGUUGUUUGGAGUAGCGAUCGGAAAACACGCGCAUCGAGUCUCGCUAUAAAUAUUGCAAUUACGAGUGCGCACGUUAACAAUAUUAUUACAUAUAUCGAUUAAGUACUUUUAUAAAUAAACAAAAUGGAAUUGAACUUUAUUACUUUGAUUAAACACGAUGUGAACCACAAUGUGAAAGAGUGCUUUAAAUCUAAGAAAACUUUCAUAAGCAGAAAAGAGGAGGUAACGGCGAUAAAAAGCAAAUUCCCGAAUAAAAUACCGCUAAUAGUAGAAAGAUAUCAAAAGGAGAAAAGUUUACCCACUUUGGACAAAACGAAGUUCCUAGUCCCCGGAGACAUCACCAUGUCACAAUUUCUAGUCAUUAUAAGAAACAGGAUGAAGAUGAAGCCGAAUCAAGCCCUGUACCUGAUAAUCAACAACAGAUCCAUGCUUAGCAUGAGCUUGACUAUGGCUCAAGCACAUGAGGAGUUCUGCGACGAAGACGGUUUCCUUUACAUAACGUACGCUUCCCAAGAAGUAUUCGGCUACCAAGAUAAUAUGGCAGGAGCAAACCAAGAAGUUGAAGUAAUCAGACAUAGAUUUCCCAAUAAAGUACCCAUUCGUGUAGAGAGAUACGCGAGGGAGUGCGACAUCCCGGCGUUGGGGAGGACAAAAUUCCUGGUGCCACAGGAACUGACCAUGUCCCAGUUCCUUUACAUAAUCCGGGCUAAAAUGAAACUUAGAGAUACUCAGGCGCUCUACUUGUUGGUGAACGACAAAGUGCUGGCGAGCCACAGUAUGACCAUGGCGCAGGCGUACGAACAGUUCCGCGGCACUGACGGCUAUCUGCACGUCACGUAUGCCGCACAACAGGUAUCUCCAAAAGCUCGGUGCUCCUUCAACGGUUCCUGAAACUGUCUUCUUCUAACUCAAAGACUGAUAGUAUUCUGAUAUUCCAAAUGUGAUAGUUACGUGAAGAAUGUUCCAUUUUUAACCAACGAGAAAUGGAAUUAAAAGUUUCAAAUGCGUCGGCUGGUCCUGUUAAUAACAUUUUAAUAUAGAUUUAGGUGUAGUGUUUUUUAUUAAAUUGAUUUUAAUAUUUACAAUACUUCAGUACUCAACCAAAUAAUUUUUAUGUUUAAUUUUUUUUUAGAUAGAUGCUUCUAACGAAAUUGGAUGAUCUCAAAUCUAUUAAGUAGCAUUAUUAGAUGUAAGUGUUGCCAAUAAAAUACUAUAUAUGUAAUAAAAAAGAUUGAUUGAAUUUUAAUAUUAAACAAUGUACUGAACCUUCAUAGUAUCGUUGCAAUUUUACAUGUUAACAGAAUUAAAAUGGAAUAAACUUUUAUUAUAUUUUAAAA